AUGAGUCAAACGGCUAGGUCUUUGCCGCCCACACUCGUUUCGAGUACAUCUACAGCAUCAAACAAUCAUCAAAAAGCAUCGUCGGGAUUUCUGAAUCAUCAUCAUCAUGGCAACAACAAUACAACAAACACAGGAUCAAACUUGCUGCUGGAUAGGGAUCGUAUCAUGCUCCCUGAGCACUAUCCAACCAAGCCUCAACACUAUCAAAAAGGCCUUUCAGUGCGGACUCCAGCUGCUGUAGCUCAUUUUCCAAAACAACGACCACAAUCUUCGGAUCAUUUGUCUGGAAGGCUGUCUCCAUACAUGUUGCAUAAAAAGAGUCAUCAUGGCAGAGCAAACGAGGAACGGUCGAUAUCCCCUUCACCCGCAGUUCUCAGAGAGCAAUUAAACAAGUAUAAGGAAAAUACUUCACCUAUUAUUCGGAAACAGUUUGAAAAUAUGAAAAAUAGGUCCAUAAUUGGAGAAAUUGAACACUCGUUUAAAGAUGACGUAACUGAAAGCUCAUUUAGAACCGGUAACUCCAGUUUUUAUGAUGACAAGAAAGGAUUACCUAUUUUACGAAACAAUAUCCACAGACGACAAAAGGGAACGAUUUCUCCCACUUCUGCCCGAGAACGGGGCUUUGGAUCGUUUGACGACGAUUUUGAGCAAGACUUUAUUGAGACUCCUCGAUUACAUUUCCAUCACAACAAACAAAAGUCAAAUAUGAAUGGAAGUGUUACAGAUUUUGACGACAAAACCUCUGUUAAAAUUUUAGUUGUCAAUGAUGCCUCUAGAUACGCAACAAAAUAUCAACCAAAAUCACACAUGUUGCAAGAAAUAUUGGAUCAGACGGAUAUUGACAUUCCCAUGGCCGAUAAGAUUACAAAAUCUGAAUUUGACAGGUUGGAAAAGAGAGUUAAUGAGGAGUUAGCUCAUUUAGCCCCUGGAAUGCUACCCGGCCAGCUUAAAAAAUUGAAAAAGAGAAGAAUUAACGAUUUACUUAAAACCAGACAACUUAAAGCUGAAAGAAUGAUGCAAGGACUUGGAAGAAUUGACAAGUUAUUGCAAGACUAUGAAGGAGCACAAAAUCUUAACAAUGAAGUUGAAUUUUUGAGCGUUGAUGAGAUUUCAGAUUUAGUGUUCAAGGAGCAAGUGGAUCGGCUAGGAGUUAUUAAUCAAAGCAGAGAUAGGAUUGCUGAUAUAACGAAAGAUUUAGACCAACGUCAGAAUAACAGAGCGAAUAUACUGAAAGGCGUCAUGGCUUGGAUAAAAUCGUACGACGAAGAGGCAGAAAAUCUGACAGAAGAUAAGGAAGAGGUGAUGGAAAUUGAGGGUAUGCUAGAUGUAAAGAACGAGAGCGUUUUAGAACCACUGGUAGAUGUACAAGAGAGUAUUGUCACAACUUUAGACAGGCUUAAAACAAUCUUUGAGGAAUACAAAAAUAUGAGGUUUAGUCUAUUAGACUGUAAUGCUGAAACAUUUAAAGAUGAGGAGAAACGAAAACAAUUUUUGAAAAAGAUAACAGCAAAGUUUAAGAAAAUAGAGACUGAUAUUGGCGCUUCUAUUUCAGAGCUAGAUGAUGCCAGUUCCUCGGUGAAUACUUUGAAAUCGAGAGUCCAUGACAAAGAAAAGCUGAUAGAGAAUUUAGUGGAGAGGGAUAAACGACAUGCGGAUUUUCAUGACAGGCUUAAGGACAGAUUUUAUGAACAACAAAAUUUAUUGAAAGCGAUUAUAAGCCGGCUAAAAUCUCCAGAUGUUUGCAAGCUUAUUGAUUUAAAGUACAUUCUCACUGGGAAAAGUGAUGGAGAAUUUGAUCUGGAAGAGUUUGAAAAGAAUAUGGGAAUGACUCUUCCAGAAGAUACAUACUUGGAUGGAUAUGAUUUAUCUAACAUUCCUACUAAUAUCACAAAGCCUUCCUCCUAUUCAGAGGUUGAACAAAACUCAUCUUCAAUUAAGAAACCCAAGAAAAAGAAAGAGGAAUAUGAGAGCGAAUCGGAGGAAGACGAACCUAGGGGCAAACCAAAAAAGAACACUAAACACUCUUUAGAAAAACUUUCAGACGACGAGUCAGAAACGUCCUCGUUGGCUUUUGACGACAUUGAAAACAUGUCUGAUGAGGAAUUUCACGAUCCUGAACACAAACGAACAGAUAUCAGUCCAGUAUGGAUUAUGGACAAUUUUUACAACUACGAGGUAGACAAGUCUGAGUUAGGUUUUUUCCCAACUACCAUUGAUUUGGAAAAAUUCACUCCAACAGAGUUACGACUUUACUUGACAGCAGAAACUCUAUUUAAAACCGUGAAAAGAUUGGAGAACGACAGGAUGAAAAAUCAAGAUUUUGAUGCAUACGAGUUACAGAAAUUGAUGGACAUGGAAGAGCAGCAUUUUGUUAAAAUAGAGGAUCAGAAUCAACAAAUUAACAUGUCUAACGAUAUUAUUCAAAAGAUGACAGAAGAAAUUAGAAAACUGAGAAACAUGCUUGUUGAAAAGGGUGUUAACUCUGAAGAAUUAGAAAAUAAGGAAUUAGGAAAGACGCUCAACGAAUUCAAUGUUAUAACCAAAGCAAAUCAAGAAAAACAAUCUCACUUCGAUGAGAACCCGAAAAGAUUACAAGCUGGUAGAAAACCAACCUCUGAAACAGAUAGAAGACAUGAAUUACUCGAGCAAAGAAACAUGGACAAUGAGAGAAGGAAAUGGCUCAUAGAAAAAGAAAAGGCUGAGUCUGAAAUAUUAAAGUUGAAUACAGAGCUCAAACGACUCAGGCUCGCAAAAUCAAAAUUCACAAAAGGUGAUUCUACCAAUGGUGCCGAUGGAGGUGAAGAGACGACAGGAAUGAAGGACGAAGACGGUGAUCAUUUUGACGUGUCUUCCAUCUCUCUUUACAAAGGAUAUACUGAAGAGUUCAAGCCAACAAGCGAAAUUUUGCGUGAAAUUGAGGAAGUUAAUGAUGUGGACGAACUGAAAUACAUUAUUAAUAUCAUUUUAGUGGAGGCCGAUAAGCUAAUUGACUAUGUAUACUUUUCACACAAACGACUGAGAAAGUUUUUAACAUUUUUAAAUUAUUUUACAAACCAGAAAGGUCCAAACAAUGCCAAAUAUUCAGAAGAAGAGUUUAUGAAUGAUUGGAUUGGCUUGAACAAGAAAAUAGAUAAGGAGCUUAAAUCUAAAAAGAAGAAUGGUGCAGAAUCACAAACUGAAUCUCCAUCGGGUAGCCCAAUAUCUCCUAAGAGAAAGAAUGGAGGUGUUUCCUACCGAGAAGCAGUCAGAGAGCAAUUAAAUUUUCUGAUUGAAGAGGCUGAUGACGAAACCAAGACAAAGAGAAAUCCAAGUCGUUUAAUUCGGUCCAUGGUGGCUCUCAUGAUGAAACUGUAUAAUGCAAUGAAACAAAUGAGAUAUAAGGCAAAGAUAAAAACGAACGACUUACAGGAAAAUCCAUCCUACAGUGUACAGAAGAAAGAAAAAACAUACAAACCACAAGCUCCUUCAGUGCCAAAGCCGCCUAAAGAAACGCCAAAACUUACGUUGACAAAAGUCUCAACCAUGACUCGAAUGCUGAAACAUCAAGAAGAAGCCAAGAAAAGAUGGGAAGAGAAGAAGAUGAGAAUUUUGCAAGAGGAAUUAGCGAAAGGUCAAAUGUUUUACAAUGUCAAAACUGGAACGAGCAUACCCUCUGCUCCUGAUUUGCUUUUACCUGUCAUGGCAAACGAUGGCAAAACUCCUAGAAAUAUUUCAAUCCCAGGUGUGCCGAUGCUAUAA